AGACACCCUCAAGAUUCCUGGCUAUCUGGACCACUGCAGACACCUCCUUUCCUGGCUACCCCACCCUGCGCUCCAGACACUAUGAAGCUUCCUUCCACAAAGGUCUCCUGGGCCGCCGUGACGCUGCUGCUGCUGCUGCUACUGCUGCCGCCCGCGCUGCUGUCGCCCGGGGCGGCCGCGCAGCCCCUGCCCGACUGCUGUCGCCAGAAGACGUGCUCCUGCCGCCUCUACGAGCUGCUGCACGGCGCGGGCAAUCACGCGGCAGGCAUCCUCACGCUGGGCAAGCGGCGACCGGGGCCCCCGGGCCUCCAGGGCCGGCUGCAGCGCCUCCUGCAGGCCAGCGGCAACCACGCCGCCGGCAUCCUGACCAUGGGCCGCCGCGCAGGCGCAGAGCCAGCGCCGCGCCCCUGUCCCGGGCGCCGUUGUCCUGCGGCGGCCGCCACCUCCGUCACACCUGAGGGACUGUCUGGGGUCUGAGCCGUUCUUCGGGCCCGUCCUGGCCCUGCCCUUUCCCCUCUGCCCACCCGGCAUCAGCCCCCAGCAAAACGGCAAUAAAGGCGAGUCUCCGUU